GUUUUGACAUUUUACACUUUUUAACUUUAUAAACAAUAUUAUUAUACAUUUUAUUUGAAUUCAAAUCAAAAAAACAAUUGGAUGUACCUUUAUAGUUUGAUGGAACUUAAUCACUUUUUUUUAUUAUACAAUACAUACCUCCCCGAAAAGACAAGUGUUUAUGAAUUUAAAUAAUAUUCGCAACUUACUAAUAGACAUAAACCAAGUUUACCAUUUUUAUUUUUUGAGUUAUCAAGACUCAUACUUACGGCUAUAAGUCUUUGUUUUUCAAAAUAAUCACAGGUGAUUUGGUUAAUGUAAAUUAAAUAAUAAAAAUGGCGAUACUUGAAAUACCAAUAGAAAUGCUAAAGAAAUCCAAGAAAAGAAAAAGUAAGGAAAGAUUGCGUGAAAUUAUAAAGAAACAAAGAUUAUCAUCGCAUAAAACAGGGCUUGGAUGUAACUGUAUAAGGCUGAAAUGUUUUCAUAAUGUUAAAGAAGAAGAUAGAAAAGUGUUAAUAAGAUAUUUUAACUCUCUAUCCAGCAAGGAUGCUCAAGGUUCGUAUCUUGCAAGUUUAAUAACUUUAAAUAACGUUUCAAGAAGAAGACCACGAAACAUUAAUUCAAAAGGUUAUAAUAGCAGUUACACAUAUAAACUUUUUAUUACAAAUCACGAGAUAUUUGCGAGUUCGUUUGUUUAUGUUUGUUUUUCUGCGUUUAUUUCAAUCUUUGGCAUAAAGAAGGGAAGAUUGGAGACCAUUAAAAGAAGCCUUUUAACUACAGGUCACUUUCCCCAUGAUAAAAGAGGUGAACACAAGAAUCAGUAUAACAAUUUUACUCCUCAACUAAAAAAUAAAAUAUGUGAUCACAUUUCUUCUUUCAGAGGUAGAGAGUCCCACUACUCUCAAAAAAAAACUAGGCGACUAUAUCUUCCUCAAGAAUUAAAUAUAACCAAGAUGUAUGACUUGUUUAAAAUCAAGUGUGCAAAUGAUAAAUUGUCAUAUGAAUCUUAUCGCAACAUAUUUAACACUAGUUUUAACAUUUCUUUUGGGUACCCUAGGACUGACACAUGUUCAAAAUGUGAUGAGUUUAAAAUUAAAACUGAUGCAAUAAAAAUUGAACUAUCUUUUAAUUCAGAAUGUACAAAGCCUGAACAACAAUUGCAUGAGCUUGAGUUACUGAAAAAACAGCACCACAAAGAUGCAGAAACAUUUUAUGUCAGGAAAAGAAAUUACAAAGUACAAAUUUGAGGCAAUUGCUUUUGAUUUCCAAAAAAAUCUUAACUUACCAAAUCAAUCAACCAACGACUUUUACUACAAACGAAAAUUAGCAUUUUAUUCAUUUAAUAUUCACGUGCUUUCAAGUAAUAAAGUUUAUUUGUAUUGUUAUGAUGAAACUAUAGCUAAAAAAGGGGCUGAUGAGGUAACUUCGAUGUUAUAUGAUUUUUUUAUAAAACAUUUAGACAAAGAAAUUCGAUCUGUAGAGCUAUUUUGUGAUUCAUGUGGUGGCCAAAACAAAAACUAUACAUUAGUUCGUUUUAUGGAUUUUCUUGUACAUGAAAAAAAAAGGUUUGACUAUAUUAAAGUUACAUUUCCAGAACGUGGUCAUUCUUUUAUGGAAUGUGAUAAAGAUAUGGAAUUAAUUAAUUGCAAAACACCCACUAGUGAUCCAUCAGAUUGGAUUAAAACAUUCAAAAAUGCUUGUGAAAACCCCACUCCGUUUCAUGUUAUAGAAUUAACGCAAGGUAUGGUUAAAAGUAUAACUGAUUUUAUAAGACCAUUUUAUAAGAAUAAAUGUCCAAUUCCAACACGUCCUCUUUGUGAAAUUUGUUUCAGAGGAGACUCAAGUGGCAUUGUAUUUCAUCGUGAUUUGUGGAAUGGAUUAUUGUUGAAAACUAAUUUAAAAAAUAAUAGGAAGAACACUAUAAAUAGUGAGAUCCCCAUUCUGUAUAAUGCAAAACUUUGCAUCUCUGUAGCAAAGUACAGAGAUUUACAAGUAUUAAAAAGGUUUACAUCGAAUGCUCAGUUUUACGAUUCUUUGCCAUACAAUCAGGAGGUUAUUGAGACAAUUCAUGAAAUUAUUGAUUCUGAAAAUAAAGAGUAAAUAGACUUCUUUUUUGAUUUAAAGUUUGUUUUUAGUUAUUUUUUUCUUAGUGUUUUUUGAAAAAAUCUAUAAUCUUUAAUGUUUCUUCUUUGCACUUAAUAUACAACAAUUUAUAUAAUUAAUAAUCCCAAGGUAUUGAAUAUAUCUUUUGACUAUUAGUCAGGGUAUGAAAAUAAAAAUUCAGAUCAAAUAAAUUCUGAGUUGUUUGAAAACCUAUAAAGUUUUAAAUCCCCUUUAUUAUCAGGAAAGAAACUUUGCAUUAAAUAACUUUUUGCUCACAGUUUUGUGACACCUAUAUAGGUAUAGUUAUAUAGGUAUUUAAUAGGUUAAC